CAAACGUGCAUGUUCGUCAUAAUAUAGUGGUUUCGACUUUGACAAAGGCAUGUUCGUCAUAGUAUAGUGGUAUCGUUUUUGACAAAAGGCAUUUUCGUCAGAUUUGCUGGUGUUAGACAAAAGGUAUUUUGAAGUCGGUUUAUUGGUAACCAACUCAAAACCAAAAUUUUUUGAGUUUGCCUCCCAAACUUUCACUUCUGUUUUGGCAGAGAAAAUUGAAGUUUUCAAAUUUUGAGAUUCCUCAAAAUUUAAGUUUUUUCGCGGUAAUCAAAUUUACCUUCUCUCUAUUUGUUUGCAAUUAAUUCACCUCCCUCCCUAUCCCUUAAUAUUACUCUCUCUUCUUGCCCAAUCUACGUGCUUCUCCUCCUCCCUCAGAAUCGGUGCCCCACAAACCCCAAACGAUAUGCUCCCCUCCCUGAUUCCCUCAAACAGAUCCAGCCAACACCAUCUCUGGCACCGACCUCCGAUAUCCCACAUAACAAGUCGAUUGCGUACUGGGCUUCAACUCCUAGGGGUGUUCAAAUGGUUACCAUGGUUAUAAUCAAACCAAAUAAGGCUAAAUUCCAUUAACCAUGAAAUACAAUAUCAUAACCAAACCGUCCAAACUAAUACAACAACCAAAUUAACCAAACUAAAGUUUAAUCGGUUUGGUUCAUUGGUUAACCAGAUUAAUCAAUAUAAAAUCACAUUAUCAUUGACGAUAAAAAUUUUCCGGUUAAUGCAACAAUUCGCAAUUUAUAUAAUGAAUAAAACAUAAGUACAUAACAAUCAACACGUAGUUAUAGUUGACCCUUAUAAGAAAUACACGCUACUAAGACAUUUAUCUUACGAUUAGUAUAGAAGUAUUCACCUAACAAAAAAUUAUGACAAUGGUAUGGGUUAAUGAAUUGUUGUGUUUGUGUAAAUUGACUUAGUCUCUUAGCAAUAUCAUAGGCUGGAAAUGACCUUCCUUUCAAGUUUCCAUUCAUCAUAAUGUAUGAAAUUUAUCUAAAUUAGGCGUCCAUAUGUUGUGGUCUAGACUUUACAUAUACAAAUAUACACUAUAUGAGCAAUAUUGAACUUUAUAUUUUAUGAGUCUAAAAGGGAUGAACGUUAACUCUUGAGUGGUUAUACAAAGUAUUAUGUGUAUAUAAUAUAUGUUAGAUAUAUGACUAAUUACUUAACUGGUUAAUUUGGUUUGACUGGUUAGGAGUGUCUGAAACCAAACCAAACCACCUAAACCAAACAAGCUAAAAACUUUAACCAAACCAUACCAAUUAUCCAAAUUAACCAAACCAAAUUAUCCAAAUAAUACCGGUUAAAACGGUUACCAUGGUAACCAAUCCGUUUGAACACCCCUAUCAACUCUUGUGUUGCGAUACGGUGGCGUGGAAGGCACUGGCAAUUCUGGCCGAUGAACUUAUGACCCGGUUGCAAGCUUCGAUCCAAUGCUAAGGGGCGAUUCUGGACGAAGAACUUGCGCGUCUCAAGGGGAUGACUCAGUCUCGACUCGGUGACACGGGUUGUUGACUCUGUCGCAACUCGGAGACUCGUCAGGUUUCCUACACUAAAUAGAUCAGAGAAGGUAUAGAGAAUCCCUCUUCUGAUUUCGUCCGUCUUUACCCAAUCUCUCUACAUCUCGGUUCAUCUGGUAUGAUUUUGAUUUUCUAGGGUCAACAACCUGCCUUCUUCAACAUCAUCCCAGAUCUGCAAUUUCUCUACAUCUCAGUUCAUUUGAUAUGAUUUUGAUUUUCUAUGAUCAACAACCUGCCUUCUUCAACAUCAUCCCAGAUCCACCAUGGAGGCGACGGUUUGCGGUGCAUCGACAUGAAGCAACUGCUAGAGGAGCGGUGUGCUGGUGACAGUUGGGAAAGGAACCUACGAAGAUGGGGUUUGGGGGGAUCUUUUGGGGUUCGAUUGAGGUGGACGAGUGUCGAAUGCUGGGUUUCGAUUGGUUUGGGAGUUUCAAUGUAUGGGUUUGGGGAUAUUGUGUUGGGGGUUCCAAUUCUGGAGGUCGGAGGGCGAAGAUGGGAGAUUGCUAUGUUUUGGGGUUCGAUUGAGGUGAAAGAAGGGUCGUCGAAACCGAUCUGGUCGCCGAGAUAAUAUGUAGUUAUGUCAAAAUGUAUUCAUUGUAUGAUCGUGUAAUAUGAAUAUCAAUUUUGACAAAAUCAUCAAAUUAUGACAAAACUAAUGACAUAACAUUUCGUCAUAAAAGCUCAUUUUGUCACAAUAGACUAACUAGAACAUGAGCUGAACUGACAAGCCAAAGUCCAAAUGUGACAAACCCUUCCUUAUUGUGACAAAACUAUUCGUCUGUUUUUUACCAAUUAUAUGACACGAGAAUAUGUCACAAUAUCAUACAACAAAUAUGACAAUGUUAUUUUAAAAUUUUGUCACAUUUGACCUAUCCUGACGGCGAUAAAAUGACAAAGCUUUGUGCCAACACCUUUUGUCGUAUUAUACCUAAUAUGACAAAAUGAGUAUCUAAUAUGACAAAAUUGCCUCGUCAUAAUAGGCCAAAUUUGUUGUAGUGAAUUAGGGUUAGGGUAGAAUAUAUAACGUAAUCAGGUGUGGUUUUAUGUUGUCUUCCAAAGUUACCUUAAAACAAUCUUAACCAUGAGAUUAAAAAAAGAGAAAAAAAUUUAAAAAUAGAUAGUGGAUAUUAGUGUAGUCACGGUGGCUACUAGAAUUCUAGUAACCACAUUAACGCGUUCCAUUUUUUAAACAAUAAAUAUGACAAGUUGUAUGCUCCAAAAGCAUAGUAUGCUCCAGAUGAUUUGGUCGUUACAUGUACUUCGAUGAGUUUCGACAAAUCUCAACGGUCAUUUGUUGUUUUUUCUUAAAUUAAAAUUCGGGUUUGGGUUUAGAGAUUCGAUGCCUAGGUUUAUUCAUUAGAGUUUAGGGCAUAGCAUCAUGACCCAAACUCCUGUCCAUGACACUAUACCCUAACCUCUAAUGGGUGAAUCUCAUUCCUCAAUCCUCCAACAUAAACCAUUAGAUUCAUUUAAUCUUAAAAAUGGAAAUCAACGGUUCAGAUUCAUCAAAAUUAUGCAAGUACAAAUAAUAAUUUAUUUUAAUAACUAAUAUAAAAUAGUGUAAUGUAUUCUUCCUUAACGUGUGGUCUCAUAAUAAAAUUAAAUUACAAAU